AUGUGUGGACUCAUUAAUAUGAAGAAUGAUGACGACAUGUGCUUUAUGUGGUGUCAUGUGAGACAUCUAAAUCCUAGGGCUAGAAUGGCAACCACUAUUACCAAAAAGGACAGGGAAUUCGAAAUGAACCUGGAUUAUGAAGGUAUUGACUUCCCUGUGAAGAUAAGCGACAUGGAUAAGAUUGAGAGGAAAAAUAGUAUCAAUAUAUCAGUGUUCGGUUAUAAGGGUAAAAAGCAGUUCUACCCCAUAAGGAUCUCAAAAGCUAAAUAUAAUGAGCAUAUGGAGCUUACACUCCUGGUUGAUGGUGAAGGUAGUAGACAUUAUGUGCCCAUAAAGGAUGUGAACAGAAUGCUGUGUAGUGUUAGUAAACACGGACACAAGCAGCACUUCUGCUUACACUGUCUUCAUAGUUGCAUUAGCGAGGAGGUACUGGAGAAGCAUAAGGAAACAUGUCUGGAGGUAAAUGGAACUCAGGCCGUAAAGCUUCCCAAGGAAGGGACAAAAAUCAAGUUCAGAAAUCAUAGGAAUUCAAUGCCUGUACCGUUUGUCCAUACUAGUACCAGAGGAGAGAAAAGAGAAGUCAGAGAACCCUGAGGAUCAAAGUAGUACGGACCUUUACCAGACACACAAGGCAUGUAGUUUUGGUUUGAAAACAGUCUGCCACUAUGAUGAUAAGCACUCCGGCGAGUAUAAGAGCUAUGUUGGAAGCGACGCUGCAUUGGUCUUCCUAAAGACGGUAGUAAAAGAGUCCUUUAGAUGUAGGAAUGUGACUGACAAAAUAUUCAGGAAGAAAAUGGUAAUUACACCCAAAGAGGAAGCAGAAUUCCUGGUUACAAGAAACUGCCACAUAUGUGGUAACGAUCUAUGUGAGGACCGUGUGCGAGACCAUGACCAUGUAACAGGUAAGUACCGCGGAGUUGCUCACAAUAUAUGUAAUCUGAAGUACAGAAUUAAUUACAUGGAAAGUACCUGUGGUCUUCCACAACCUGAGAGGUUACGAUAGUCAUCUGAUUAUGCAGGAAAUUGGUAAGUUCAAGAUGGAUAAUGAUUUGUGAUUCCAAAUAAUAUGAAAAAAUACAUCUCAUUCUCACUGGGUAAGAAUCCGGUCUUCAUAGACUCUAUACAGUUCAUGGCUUCUUCACUGGAAGCACUGGUAAAUAACCUUUCACCUGGGGACUUAGAAUAGUAGGCAAGAGAUGGAAGGGUGAGGACUUCAAUCUAGUGACACAAAAAGGAGUGUUCCCAUAUGAGUUCCUCGAUGAUAUUAGCAAACUCAAUACAGAGGGUCUUCCGAGCAGGGAGGAGUUUUACUCCUCACUGUAUGAGUCAAAGGUGAAGGAGGAAGACUACCUGAGGGCUAAGAAAGUAUGGACUCACUUCAAGAUGAAAACCAUGAGAGAUUACCAUGAUCUCUACUUGGAGACUGACGUUCUUCUGCUGGCUGAUGUAUUCGAGAACUUCAGGAGAACAUGUCUGGAAAGUUACGAACUUGACCCCGCACAUUACGUGUCAGCACCUAGUCUGAGUUGGGACGCUUUCCUGAAAAAGUCAGGUGAAGAAAUAUAA